AUGCUGUCUCUGGAAAGCCUGCAAGCGUGGUGCGCCAGUGUCGAGGAUGCGUUUUGGGCGGCGCACAAUGAGGUAAUGAACGCGACUGGUGCUCGCGUGUUCCUUGACGCUGCCGCUGCCGCACCGUCGCUCAGCAUUGGCUCCCUUGUGGGGGGAUUCCUGCGGGCGGCAUACCAAUUCUACGCGGCAGUGAACUGGUCAGAGCCGUUUUUCCGCUACCUCGCCGCCUUCCACAUCGUUGUGUGGGUGGCUACCCUCACCUCCACGUGGGGAGCUGUCUCUGACGAGCGCAUUAUGGGCGUAUGUGCGGUACUUGGCGUGCUGCUGCUGUCUGGCAUACCAGCAAACUCCUACGCCGGCCGACACGCCGAAUGGCUCUUUCAGGAGCCUGGCGUAAACUACUUCACAGAGGACGGGACCAUGAUGAUAGUGGUCUACCUACUGCCUCUGCUGGUCUUGUUUGCGUACCUACAGUUGCGCCAGGGGUACCGCAUUGUGUCGCUGAUGCUGCAGUUAAAGCGCGCUCAGUUACGCCGCCAACUGCGACAAGAAGCACGGCGUAAAGACUGCGGCGACGGCUGCAGCGGGGACGCUGCUGGCGAAAGCAAAAAGAUGCAGUAG